GUAAAUCUCCCCCACUCUCUCUCUCUCUUCCGCCCUACAACACCACCACCUCAUUUCUCUCUCUAACAAAGUGCAUAUUUAGGGGAUUUUCCAGAACCCCCUUUCUUCACGUCGUUUCUCUCUCCUCUUCUCAGCCGUCCGAUCUUCUUUGCGCCAUUAGAUCUUCUUCUUCGAGGUUGAUCGCGUAUUGUGAUAAAGAUGAGCGUGGUCGGGUUUGAUUUUGGUAAUGAGAGCUGUGUCGUUGCUGUCGCAAGGCAAAGAGGAAUUGACGUCGUGCUGAAUGAUGAAUCUAAACGAGAGACCCCUGCAAUUGUUUGCUUUGGUGACAAGCAGCGGUUUAUUGGGACAGCUGGAGCGGCAUCAGCGAUGAUGAACCCUAAAACCACUAUCUCACAGAUAAAAAGAUUAAUAGGUCGGCAAUUUUCUGAUCCUGAGCUCCAGAAGGAUCUGAAAUCAAUGCCAUUUAUGGUGACUGAAGGUCCUGAUGGAUAUCCUUUGAUCCACGUGAAGUACUUGGGAGAAACCAAAACAUUCACCCCGACUCAGGUUUUGGGUAUGCUGUUUUCGAAUUUGAAGGGCAUAGCAGAAAAGAAUUUGAAUGCUGCAGUUGUUGAUUGCUGCAUUGGAAUCCCGACUUACUUUACUGAUCUUCAGAGAAGAGCUGUGAUAGAUGCAGCAACCAUUGCUGGACUUCAUCCUUUGCGAUUGAUUCAUGAGACGACGGCUACUGCUUUGGCUUAUGGAAUCUACAAGACAGAUCUACCUGAAAGUGACCCAAUAAAUGUUGCAUUUGUGGAUGUUGGACAUUCAAGUUUGCAAGUAUGCAUUGCUGCUUUCAAGAAAGCCCAACUCAAAGUGUUGGCUCACUCGUUCGACCGGUCUUUGGGUGGGCGUGACUUUGAUGAUGCUCUUUUCCAGCAUUUUGCUGCUAAGUUCAAGGAAGAGUAUAAGAUUGACGUUUAUCAGAACGCUAGAGCUUGCCUCAGGCUGAGAGCAGCCUGUGAGAAGUUGAAGAAGGUUCUCAGUGCUAAUCCAGAGGCGCCAUUGAACAUUGAGUGCCUUAUGGAGGAGAAGGAUGUGAGAGGCUUCAUCAAGAGGGAGGAGUUUGAGCAAAUUUGCAUACCAAUUUUGGAGCGUGUGAAGAAGCCUUUGGAAAAGGCUCUUGCAGAGGCAGGUCUUACAGUUGACCAAAUUCAUGCUGUUGAGUUGGUAGGCUCAGCUUCUAGGAUUCCUGCUGUUUUGAAGAUUUUGACCGACUUCUUUGGGAAGGAUCCUCGCCGCACAAUGAAUGCCAGUGAGUGUGUAGCAAAGGGCUGUGCAUUACAGUGUGCAAUUCUCAGCCCUACAUUCAAAGUCAAAGAAUUUCAGGUUAAUGAAAGUUUCCCAUUUCCCAUUUCAUUGUCGUGGAAAGGGGUUGCUGCUGAUGGUCAGAAUGAGGCUGCAGAGGGGCAGCAAACUAUAACAGUAAUUCCUAAAGGGAGUACUAUACCCUGUUUGAAGGCUGUAACAAUCCUCCGGUCAGGUACUUUUGCUGUUGAUGUGCAGUAUGCUGAUGUCAGUGAGUUGCAGGCUCCAGCAAAGAUUAGUUCAUACACGAUUGGCCCUAUUCAAUCAACUAAUGGUGAUCGUGCAAAGCUUAAAGUCAGAGUGCGGUUGAAUCUUCAUGGAAUUGUGGCUAUUGAAUCAGCAACACUCUUGGAAGAGGAAGAAGUUGAGGUUCCUGUGGUGAAGGAAACUACUAAAAUGGACACUGAUGAUACUGCAAAUGAGACUCCUGCUGGUGAAGCUGAUGUAAACAUGCAAGACGCCAAGGGUGCUGCGGAGGCAACAGCUGCAGAAAAUGGUACCCCUGAAUCAGGGGGGAAGUCUACGUCUGAAGCUGAUGAUAAGCCAGUGCAGAUGGACACUGAUGCCAAGGCUGAUGCUACAAAGAAGAAGGUUAAGAAAACAAAUGUACCAGUCACUGAGCUGGUUCAUGGUGGUUUGUCACCAGUUGAUUUGCAAAAGGCAGUUGAAAAGGAGUUUGAAUUAGCUUUGCAAGAUCGUGUGAUGGAGGAAACAAAGGAUCGGAAAAAUGCUGUUGAAGCCUAUGUCUACGACAUGAGAAACAAGCUUAAUGACAAAUACCAGGAGUUUGUCAUUCCUUCCGAGAAAGACGAGUUCAUUGCUAGACUUCAAGAGGUUGAAGACUGGUUGUAUGAGGAUGGUGAAGAUGAAAUCAAGAGUGUCUAUGUUGCCAAGCUUGAGGAGCUGAAAAAGCAAGGUGAUCCGAUUGAAGAACGUUACAAGGAUCACAUGGAGCGGGGAAAUGUUAUCAAGCAGCUUGCCUAUUGUAUCAAUAGUUAUAGAGAUGCUGUAAUGUUAAAUGAUCCCAAAUUCGACCACAUUGAUCUUGCGGAUAAACAGAAGGUCGUAAAUGCCUGUGUGGAAGCAGAAGCAUGGCUCAGAGAGAAGCAGCAGCAACAGGAUGCGCUUCCUAAAUAUGCGACUCCUGCUCUGAGGUCAGCGGAUGUGUUGAAGAAAACCGAGGAGCUUGACAGGCUAUGUAGACCGAUAAUGACGAAACCCAAACCAGCCCCUCCAAAGCCAGCUACUCCUGAGCCACAACCUCAGCAGGCUCAAGGUGGUGAGUCUCCCUCUCCAGGUGGAGAUGCCAAUCCUGGUGGUGGUGCUGAUGACAGCAACGAGACACCAAAUGCAGAGCCCAUGGAUACUGAGAAGCCGGAAACUGCUCCAGGUUCUGCCUAAGUUGAUGUAAUGGGUUUGCUUCAGGAUAAUUCUUUACGAGGGGUUGGCUAGUUUUUCUUCUUGUUCAGGUUCACGUUUCUUUUUGAGCCCAUAGACCUUUGCAGGAGGGGGCUCUACAGGGAGGAGCUACCAGAUGUUUUUGUUCUUCAUCCGGUUAGAAGAUUGUAAUAUUGAUUUCUCAUUAGGAGUGCUUAUUAUCUACUUUUUUUUAUAGGUGGGAAGGGGUGUGUGACGAGGUUCCUUUAAAAUCCAGUUUUAUGAAUGGGUUUUUUAAGGGAUGAUGAGGGAUUAGAAGACUUUUCUUAAUGCUUUUACUUGAAUUUUCACUUCUAUUUGUUACUGAAAAGUAGUAUUUUUAAGCUAUUUUGAAGUUAAAUGAUCACGAAAUUUAUUUCUUUGAUUUGCUGA